AUUCCCUCGCCAAUCUCCCAAUAACUCGAUCUACUCUAACACCCUCUUGCAUGGUAUUCACCUCCCUCUUAAGUCCUAAGAACAUGGGAUUUGUAAAAUUUGUGCUAUUUCUGUUCAUCUCCAUCAUCCUAUCACCUUGUUUGAGCAUGCCAAUUCUCAUCAUCAGCGCCAUUGUUCGACUCAUUAUGCAGUCCAUUCAUCUCCAAGCAACAGCACAUAUAACGUGGCGGCCAGGCUAUCCAUUUGCCGGUCGACAUCCUGAACCUUCUACGUCCAGCCAUGCCACCUCUUCAGAUCAGGCAUAUCCCCCAUGCAAUGUAAAAAUUUGUAAUGCUUGCUAUAAGUCUCCAUUAGAGCCAGUAGUGUGUGUAUUCUGCCUGUCUAAUAUUGAGGAAGGUGAAGAGAUAAGAGAACUAAGAUGCAGGCACCUCUUCCAUAGGAGCUGCUUCGAUGGAUGGCUCGAGCAUCGUCGGAGGGCCACGUGCCCUCUAUGUCGGAAUUCUUUUAUUUUACAUGAAACAAGUGCAGAUCUCCCUGACAUGGACGAGGAGGAGCUUGAGAACUCUGCUGUCUCGAUUUGGUGGCUUUUGUAUCUGAGUGGAUGGUCAUUGUGGUCAAUUAUUUUGGACACCAUUGGAUACCAUGGCUGCUAGCCAAUGUAAAAAUGUU